UUUUUUUCUCGCUCUUCACACAACGAGGCUCUUUAAGCCCCGGCGCGCGACACAGAGCAGGCAUUCAGAGCGCGAGCGAGGGGGCUGAACCGACGGACUCUCGCGCUGGGCGGGCGACCUGCUUUCAGUGCAGUUUUUCAGCAGAUCUAUAUCCUGAGGAAGACGGCGGAUGGAUUCAUUCUGACAGAACAUAUGAACGUAUGAAAAGAAACGUGUUAAAGUUUCACUUGAUGACCUAUGAUAUAAUUUUAAAAAACACUGGCAAUUGUUUUAGUGAAAAUAAAAUAGUUUUUAGAGAACAAAGAGGUCCUUUGAGGAAAAACUAGACCUACCGAAGACACCUGUGGCCGAAGAGCAAGAGCAUCGAUGUCGGCGGAGGAGCACAGUAUGUCGGAGGUGGAAAUGAGUCCCGGGGUCUCGGAGGACGGUCACUCUAUGUCCCCCGGACAUUCGUCCGGAGCUCCCGGAGGGCCGGACUCCCCUCUUCCCGGUCAGCCGUCUCAGAUGCCCGGCGUCGGUGAUGAUGGAGCCGGAGUCUCUGCAGGUGUCUCGGUGAAGUCCGACGACGACGACGACCGGUUUCCCAUCGGCAUCCGCGAGGCGGUCAGUCAGGUGCUCAACGGCUACGACUGGACUCUCGUGCCCAUGCCCGUGCGCGUGAACUCUGGCAGUAAGAGCAAGCCGCACGUGAAGCGGCCGAUGAACGCGUUCAUGGUGUGGGCGCAGGCCGCGCGCAGGAAACUGGCGGAUCAAUAUCCGCACCUGCACAACGCCGAGCUCAGUAAAACACUCGGAAAACUCUGGAGGCUGCUGAACGAGACGGAUAAGAGGCCGUUCAUCGAGGAAGCCGAGCGCUUGAGGAAGCAGCAUAAGAAAGACUAUCCCGAGUACAAAUACCAGCCACGUCGACGCAAGAACGGCAAACCGGGAUCCAACUCUGAGGCCGACGCCCACUCCGAGGGCGAGGUCAGUCACAGCCAAUCACAUUACAAGAGCCUGCACCUGGAGGUGGCGCACGGCGGGGCCGCGGGAUCGCCAUUGGCCGACGGACACCACCCUCACGCUACAGGUCAGAGUCACAGUCCUCCGACGCCCCCUACCACUCCUAAGACGGAACUACAGGGGGGGAAAUCCGGGGAGGGGAAGCGUGAGGGCGGAGCCUCCAGGAGCGGUUUGGGGGUGGGAGCAGAUGGAAGCUCCGCCUCCUCCUCCGCCAGCGGUAAACCGCACAUCGACUUCGGUAACGUGGACAUUGGCGAGAUCAGCCAUGAUGUAAUGGCCAACAUGGAGCCGUUCGACGUGAACGAGUUCGACCAGUACCUUCCGCCCAACGGGCACCCGCAGGCGUCGGGCGGCGCAAGUGCCGGGUCUUCGGCUUCUCCGUACGCUUACGGCAUCUCCAGCGCUCUGGCGGCCGCUAGUGGUCACUCAACCGCCUGGCUGUCCAAGCAACAGCUGCCGUCCCAGCAGCACUUGGGCUCGGAUGGCGGGAAAACGCAGAUUAAGAGUGAAACGCACUUCUCCAGCGACGCGGCCGCUGCGGCUAGCGGGUCACAUGUCACGUACACGCCUCUCAGCCUGCCGCACUACAGCUCCGCCUUCCCCUCGCUGGCGUCACGCGCACAGUUCGCAGAAUACGCCGAGCACCAGGCGUCCGGCUCGUACUACGCCCACUCCAGCCAAACCUCUGGCCUCUACUCCGCCUUCUCCUACAUGGGCCCCUCGCAGAGGCCCCUGUACACAGCCAUUCCGGAUCCCGGUUCUGUGCCGCAGUCGCACAGCCCGACUCACUGGGAGCAGCCCGUCUACACCACCUUAUCUCGACCGUGACACGCGUUACGGAGGUGACGCGACGCUCUCGUUUCAUUUCCAGUCACUGAAGGUCCAAACUAAAGUGUGUAUGUGACCGAAAAUCAUCAAAACACUCGCCUGCACCACAAUCUACACAGACAUAAAUCUGCGAGAAAGGGUGUGUGGAGAUCUGCAGGGAAAAUAUUCUCACGUUGCCUCUCAGGCUGAUAAAACCAUCGCGACCCGUUUCACAGAGAUCUGCUCGUCCGCCAAUUUGACACCAGUGGUAUUUCAUGAGACUUAUUACCAAAGUACUGAGACCAAAACAUUAAAAUGAGCAAAAUGGGCGUAGUUUCUGAACUCUGUAUGGUUUGGCAGUGUAUCAGAUCACAAACUUCUUCCAACACAUUCACACAAACUUACACCUGAUGCUAUUACCCGUACAUCCACAUGUUUUUUUUUGUUUUUUUUUGUAUGUAUGAAUAAUCUCUUUUUAUUAACCAAAAUAAGGCCAUAUUGUUUUUAUCUUGGAAAAAUAAUGACGUGUUUUUAUUGUUGUAAUCUUUUCUAUUGUUGUUACUCUUGUGUUGCCAUAACUACACUGAAAAGUCUUCACCACUGUCUAGUGUUUGUUAAUGACAUUUGUGUUUUAUGACUUUCAGCGUGUGUAAAUAUCAGUGCCAGGGCGCAAUAAAUGCGUCUUAUUACUCCAAACACACAAACGGAGUACUGUAAUGCAAUAUGUUUCCGUCACAUCGGAAUUAACGUAAUUAUGAGUUUCUGGUAUAAAAUGACCUUUUUUUAUUGUUUUAGCUAACACCGCUAGUGCCUCAGUCCAACGAAAACGGUUCGUAAUCGCUGAUAAAUUCAAAUUAAAUCACGUGAACUCUUUUCAGGGCGCGAACUUUCAGCCGUUUGCCAAUUCGAAUUUUAUGCCCAACAUAUGCGAGUUUGAAAUAGUGCCGAUUUGUAUUUUGUGGAAAUAAUGUCCGUUUCAGAACAUUACCCUUGGUUUUAUUUCGUAAAGAGAGUCUAGUUAAAAAGAUGCUUAGUUAUUCAACGUUUUUCUCCCUUUGGUACUUUUAUAGUUUUCGCCCUUUUUAUUAGAACUAUUCUGAAACAACUGAAACAAACAACAUUCUUGUUAUAUAUUACAAAAUAUUAUUUAUAUUUGUUGUUUUUGUUCGUUUUUUAUCAGUAGCGUUUUAUUCUGAUGUUGGAAACUUUUGUCGUGUAAUUCUGUGGUGGGUAAAAGUGUUGUUGUUUUUCUUUAUCAGUGUAAAUAGAAGAGAGCAGUGACUAACUUCCCUCACUCUAAAUAAAGCUGCAGUCUGUACAA